AAUUUCUCUAUUUUACAGGUUGUCUGUAUUCGUGCGCACUGGUGUAUAACUUCUGAUUGAUGUUAUUGUGGAUUGGAUCUUAUUUUCUUGAAAAAAGAUAAGAAAAAUCGGAGAAUAAGAACUUGUGGUGUGUUUCAGAGGUAGCCUGCUCACAGGUCAUUCGCUGGUGAUAACAACAUAGGUUUGGAGUUUAAGAUAUGGACAUGACUGCAGCCCAACAAAGAGUACUCUUCUAUGCUGCAGGCAGCUAGCCAUGCCCAGCUAGGUUUCCUUUCCCGCUGGGAUUUCCCGCACAACCAGAACCUCGGUCAGACCUCGUGUCCCAGUCUGCGUCGGCCCUCUCCGAGUGGGAUCAUCCUGAGGGUCAGCAUGGGGGAGAGACGGACACGCUCCUUACACAUGAUGUGCCACAUGCAGCACGAUCGUGACAGGAGGAUGGAGAGCCCUUUCACACAUUACAGCACUAAUGGAUAUGCCAGCACGAGUGUCAGCCUGAGCCUGGACAAUGAUAUGAACAUUGACUCCUUUGGUACUUCUACCAGCAGCACGGCUCUAGCGGUUCCUGCACCAGACAUCAGUCAAUGCUCGCCCGCUUCACUGGGACAGGACCCCGUUCUGGUGAAUAACGGUUCCCGUGUUCCCUCCCGUCCGCCUGCUGACACAAAAGGCUCAGCGCUGCUGCACAGGCCGUCCAUCACCUCCGUGCAACCGCCUCUUCCUCGUUCCAGCUGGCUGCGUCAUCAUCACAAGGAGUUCCAGAGCCCUUACAUCAAGACCAGCAUGCAGGGCGAUGUUUACAACUUCCUGGAGAGGCCGGCUGGAUGGAAAUGCUUCCUCUAUCACUUCCUUGUCUUCCUCAUGGUCCUGGUGUGUCUUGUCUUCAGUGUCCUGUCCACUAUUGAACAAUAUGCCGACUUUGCCACUGGAACUCUCUUCUGGAUGGAGAUUGUGCUGGUGUUGUUCUUUGGCACAGAGUAUGUGGUCCGGCUGUGGUCGGCAGGCUGCCGCAGCAAAUAUGCAGGCAUCAAAGGACGCCUCCGCUUUAUCAGGAAGCCCAUAUCAAUCAUAGAUUUGAUAGUCGUUGUUGCCUCCGUGAUUGUACUUGGCGUAGGGUCAAAUGGUCAAGUGUUUGCCACGUCUGCCAUCAGGGGCAUCCGUUUCCUCCAAAUCCUCCGCAUGCUGCACGUGGAUCGCCAGGGAGGGACAUGGAGGCUCCUGGGAUCUGUAGUCUUUAUUCAUCGCCAGGAGCUGAUCACCACCCUGUACAUCGGCUUCCUGGGCCUGAUCUUCUCCUCUUACUUUGUUUACUUGGCGGAGAAGGAUGCUGUAGAUGAGGAGGGGAAAACGGGCUUCUCUAACUACGCUGAUGCCCUGUGGUGGGGCGUGGUGACUGUCACCACAAUCGGAUAUGGAGACAAAAUCCCUCAAACUUGGAUUGGAAAGGCCAUUGCCUCCUGCUUCAGUGUCUUCGCUAUCUCCUUCUUCGCUUUACCUGCUGGUAUCCUGGGCUCAGGGUUUGCCCUGAAAGUUCAGCAGAAGCAGAGACAGAAGCAUUUCAACAGACAGAUCCCUGCUGCAGCCUGCCUCAUCCAGACACUGUGGAGGUGCUACGCAGCGGAGAAACCAAAUGGCUGCGCUGCCACUUGGAAAAUGUACGUCCUGACUCCGGAGGGCAUCGCCGCGGCGGCAGCGGGCAACAGCAGUCCAGGCGUCAAGAAACUGAACGUGGCGAAAAAAGGGACCAAGAGGAGGCCCAAGUCCAGAGGGAUGGGUUCUAUGGGUGUGGCCUCAGAGAGAACUUUAUCGAUCCCUCAGAUCACUUAUGAUCAUAUUGAAGACUCAGUGGAGAAGAAGGGUGUCUCAUUUUUCCACGAAGAAUCAUCUGGGACAGUUGAAGGAAUCACUAGGAUAUUCAGAAAAUCAGGCCCUCCUCAUCAUUCUUGGUCAUCUUUCACUCUGAGCUGCCCAGCUUCUCCAGUAAAAAAGGGUUGCGAUAAAAGCGCCUCCAUAGACAUCUCCCGGGCCAGCAGCUUAUCGGCUGAGCUGGACAGCAUGAGCGAGGACAUCCCCCUGCCUGUGGUGACUAACAAGAAUCAGUUGUCCCAUGCACAGAGGUCUGCCGUAAAAGUCCUCCGCAGAAUGCAGUACUUUGUGGCCAGGACAAAAUUCCAGCAAGCGCGGAAGCCCUAUGAUGUGCGAGACGUGAUCGAGCAGUAUUCCCAGGGUCACCUCAACAUGAUGGUCCGCAUCAAGGAGCUGCAGAGAAGGCUGGACGGCACCCUGGGAAAGCCAGGAAUGUUUCUCUCAGGGAAGGGAGAAGAUAAAGAAUACCCAACUAUUGGAGCACGACUGAUCAGGCUGGAAGAUAAGAUCCGCCAGAUGGACCAGAAAAUGGACUCGGUGUUGCGAAUCCUGACGGAGCAAUUCCCACCCAAGUCGGAGCUGACGUCUAAGCCCUCCAUCCGCAGGGUGACCAUCCAGAAGCGCAUGGGUGUAAGCGUCGAAGAGGCGCCCUGAUGUCAGGGAGAUGCCCACACAGGAUGUGAUGAUGUCAUCCGCAGAGGAUAAUUAAAAGAUCUGGAGUUCACUUAAAACAGCCUCUAUGUGGUGGCUAACUCUCAAAGGAUAAGGGGUCUCGGUCUUCCAAAACACCCUCCUCCUCUUCCUUUCACAAGCCCCAAUUUUCUCAUUGACUUUUAACCUCUGAGAAAAUAACAGCUCUUAACUGUGUACCUAACGCUCAGAUGGGACACAAGUGCAAAACGACCUCUGGGAGCGAGAUUCACGCCGUGGAAAAGCAGGCCGGCUGACCUCUCCCUCUGAAUGAUGGAUGGCCCUUUUUCUACCCCUCCGGUGUCAGCAUAUCUUUUGUCUCUCACACCAAUAUUCAAUCAGCUUCAUGGUUUUGUGGAUUUAUUUCACUACAUCGGCCUCAAAAAACACUCUUAUGGUGCUUUUUUUAUGUGUGGCCUGUCCCUGAGCGGCAUUCUUCUGCUCCAGAUAUUAUUUCAAAAGCUAAUUAACUGCUAAAUGAAGUCAGAAUGCAGUCAAAGCUACCCAGUUCCCCAAUGGCCGUGAGAAAAACGUAAAGUUCAGGCAUGGCAGAUGCAUUCAUCAAAUCCUCUGAUUAUUUUGGCUAACUCUUAAAUCACCAUAUUUAUUCCCGUGCACAUAUCAAUUCAGUCUAACUGUACUUAUCUUACAGUAUUUAUCAGAAGUGAACACAAGGAGAGGAGAGCAGACGGACUGUUAAGUUACCCCUGCAUCAAUGAAAAUAGCCCAAAUGCUGUGAUUGGGACCUGGUACCGUAUUACAGGGAAGCAGUCAGAAACUACAGCUCGGCUUCUGUAUUUACGAGUAAAAAGUGCAAGGAAUUUUCACGAUCAGUCUCAAACACUUGCAGCAGGACCGCAGCAGAUGCCACCGCAUAUCCGUUGUUGCACAGAGGCUACGAAGCGCUCUGCCAUGUUCCAUUUGUAAUAAAUUCGCCCCCAUUAAAGCUCCGAUUAUUUUUUUCUCUCCUGAGCUAAUUAAGUGCUGAAUUCCUGGUAAGAGGAGAUUACUGGCUGUGAGUGACUGAUGAAAAGAAACGCUGGAAAAUGUUGAGAAUUCGAGCCGUAAGCUUUGAGGAGCGGGGACACUAAUUCUGUGUGAAAUGUUCGGAAAUAUCAGGCUUACCGAAGAGAGCUAAACGCUCGGGAGGAAGAGACACUGUUCCUACUUUGAUUCCGUGUUUAUUUGACAGGCAGCUGAGGCGUGCAGGAAGCAGAAAACAGGAGAUACAGUAGCUCCACUAUGUCACUUUUGUAUGAAAAACCUGUAAUUAUAGCUUCUGAUUUUUAAAGAGGAAAAUGCACACACACACAAGCAGGGUGAACAAGGAAAGUGGCGAGGGAAUAAGCUUCUUUUUUUCUGCACUAAUGUUUAUUUUCAUGUUUGCUGUGGAUAAGAUUAGCUGUUGUUUUCUUAUGUUGAAUAAAAUGGUUGUAUUUUGAAGCCACUCUAAGUUUGUGAUAGACCGUGAUGCACAUCUCUCCUGUACAGUUUUUGUAAGAGUUGUAAAAUGAAACAAUAUUGCCUUAUUGUAAAUGAUUUGAAACAAUGUGAAAGAUCAACCUGGCCUAUCUGCUGUGUGCAGUGAUGUGAAACAUGACAGGGCUCCUGUUGUACGAAUGGACGGAAAUUAUUUCACGCACAAAUUAUUACCCUCUUGCACUAUAGCUCUGCCGUAGAUAAUAAAACUCCUUUUCAUUUUGCUCUCUUGGUUCUGGAGAAAUCUGAUUAGC